GUGCAGCGACACGAGUAGGCCCUGAGAUCUCCGCUCCUCACACCGAAGUGUUUAGUGUAGUGUUGGAGGUGUUCGGAGGGGGCUGUUUUUUCUUAACGUUUCACUUUUAUCUUGUUUUCCCACCGUGUGUAUGCCGUGUAAAUGCAAGCGGAUUCGGAACUGAUAUCUGGGCGUGCCAAGACAGUUGAGAUUCAAAUGAUGAAGCGCCGCUCGUUAGCCGGAAACUGUGGAGUGGGAGUGUUCGUGAUAGCCCUGGUGACGGUGCUAGUGGCUUUUGCGACCCCGAGCUGGCUGGUCAGCGACUAUCGGAUCACCGGAGCCAAGCUGGAUCGGUUGGGCCUGUGGACGCACUGCUUCCGCUCGCUGCCCGACGUGAACGAUGACUACCAGAGGAGAUUCUUCGUCGGGUGCCGAUGGGUGUACGAUCCGUUUACGACCGGGUACGACGAGAUCCGGGGAUUCUUGAUUCCACCGUUCAUGAUUGCUACCCAAUUCUUCUUCACGCUCUGUACGAUCGGGGUCAUACUGUCCAUGAUAAUGGUUCUGUUCUUCUUCCUCUGCGCCGGGCCGGAUCAGAAAUUCUUCCUCAAGUUAAUUCGGACCAUGGGUUUCCUCACGCUUGCGUCGGGGAUUUUUGGCGGAAUCGGCGUUAUCGUGUUUGCCAUCUUCGGCAACAAGGACAAAUGGAUGCCGGAGCACGCCAACAAUUGGUUCGGUUGGUCGUUCAUCCUGGCCUGCAUCGGAGCCAUCGCUUGCGGAGUGGCGUCGUCGCUGUUCCUCACCGAAGCCCACGUGCAAACUCGAAGGCGACGACAGCUGAAGGAAUCGCAAACCCGAUUCCAGAUCGACAGCGAAUCCAAGGCUUAGACGUAGACUAAAGUGUGCUCAUUCGAAGGAAAGAAAAAAAAACCAACGAAAUCGAAACGCACAUCAGUUGUUGGAAGGAAGCAAAAAUCAAACAGUACAAUCUCGAGAAUAUGCCUUUUUUUACGACGUUUGAAAAGUCUUUUAACUGAAUAAUCUGUAAAUACGAAUCGUAAAUUUACUUUUACAAUUGAGCUGUAGUGUCUGCACAUCAGAAUCAGCUAUUUUUAAAGUAAUUUUGAUCGUACUUGUUCGAAACACGAAUCCGUCCGUAAGAAGAAUCUCUAUGUUUACAAUCUAUGUUGCGUCAAUUUUUACAUGUUGCGCGUUAUUUUACCUUUGAAUGUAGAUAACUUUAAUAAAAAAAAUAGAAAACAUUCCACCAACACACAAGCUGCAAUCAUAAAUCGUCGUUCAUUCAAAGCAACCUAGUAGAUUUAUCGAAAUAUAGAAUGCCAAAUUAAUGUGUCGACACAGUGACGAAGAACAAUCGGCAACAAUCGAUUUACCCUCACCCUAUCAUUUCCCGCCAUCUCAACUGACGAUCGCAGGUGUUUGGGUUUACUUAAAAGCGCGCGAAUUUUUAAGUUUUUCGUUUCUUAAAACUUUAUAAUUUUCCUGUCCUUUUGUUGUUUAGAUGUCCCACGACAUCGGCAAUUGCUGCCUUGAAUAAGAUAAUAAAUGGUAAAGAUGUAAGCUGAAACGAAAUGACGUUUUAUGCGUUCGAUUCUAAGCAAAACUGUCACGGUGACGAUUGGAUGACUCGUCGAAACGAAAAUGCAAUUGGCUCAUGUUGUCUCCAUUUUACGAACGUAUGUGUCUGCUCUGGCAGGAUGGAAACGUUUUAGAUGUAAGUUAGAUUACUAAGAGAUAGAUUUUCUAUUGUAGAAUAAACAUUCGAAUCAAUAAAUAUUUUU